AUGGUUAAUAAAACAAAGAUAGGCGAUCGACUACAGGCCGAUUUGUCAUGCAGCAGUGAUGAGGAAUACACUAAUAAAGUGUCAGCACCGCCGAUAGUCAAGCCGUGUGUUGAACAUGUCGAAACAGAAUACGAAGAAUAUGAUGAUGAUGAUGAUGAUGAUGGUGGUGAUUAUGAAGAUAAUGAUGAAAGAUAUGACAACGAUGAACCAAACACUGACGAUAGAGAAUUCUUGGCCUCUGAUAACGAUGAUGAAGAAACCGGAUACCCAACAUCGGAUGAUGAAAACGUUAGAGUGCCCACAACGCGCAAAAGAAACACGAUGAAAUACACCGAGUCUGACGUUUCAGAACAUUCAUCCACAGAGGAUAGCGAGGCGUACUCGGACGACGAUAUUGUAGAACUUAUUUGUGAUCCUGCCGAUGAGGAGGAGGAAGAAGAGGAUGAUGUUGACGAUAAGGACUCUAAUUCGUCUAUUAAAUCCCAGUGGCGUCCCAGAACCAAUAAGAAGGACAAAAAUAGUAGGUCACCCGACAACAAGAUGACGUGGGAUGAUUGGUGCGCCGCUGAUGAUGACGACAACGAAAGCUCUGGUGACGAACGUCGAAAAUCACGGUCACCUUCACCACCACCACCACCACACCCACCACCACCACCACCACAACGGCCGGUUAAAAAAGAACCAAAGUUCAAGAAGCGUGAUAGACGUCCAAGUGGUGUCAAAGAGACACAGCACAAUCCAAACGUGGUUAGAGAGGCACCAGUGGCAUAUCUAACAGAAAAUAAACCUGUAAACAAAAAGCAACAAGUAAAUGUUACCAAGACAAAGGACAACAAAGACAAACAACAACAACUACCAAAGUCAAGUGUCAAGAAACAAAAAAGAUCACCGCCACCAGCAGCCGCCGCCACCACUACGGCCAUUAUCGGUGAAACCAGCGUGAGAAAAAACAAGAAGAAAGACAAGAAAAAUGCGGCGUCAGGUACUGAUGUUAACGGCGACUCCAUCACUGCCAUCCCAGCCACCACGAAGAAACGAAAAGCAAAUGAUAGUUGUGACAAUGACAUGACCGCUAUCACCGAUACCGAUACAGUAUCAGUACUGCCACCAAAGAAGAAAAGAAAUUCGGCCAAAAAAUCCACCGUUACCACCACUAAAACGACCAACACACCGACAGUACAAACCAACGAGAUCGCCACCAAAGCCAACCCUACCACCACUUCAUCGUCUGGUCAUGCAAACGAAGAAGGGGGUGAUGAAGAUGAAAAACUUUUGGCAAAAGCUCCCUUCUGCGAUAUUGUGAAAAUGUUCAAAGACUUGCACUGUAAAGAGUACACCACCAGCACCACCACCACCACCACCACCAAACAAUCUCAAGUCACCACCGGAAGUGGUAAUGGACACAAUUCAACAUUUCAUGCUAUUUUUACAGUGCAUUACAGAAAAAGCGAAGAUCAGCGAGACUGGGAACGUUUCCUUUCAAUCGUGAACAAUGACAGUAACAUAGACGUUGUAUAUUACACCCAACGCAGACAAGCCAUCACAAAGAAGCCAUCAAAGCGAAAGCAGCAAAAACCAGCCAGUAUGACAUUGGCAGUUGUGUCUGUUUUCAAUCCGCUAAGCUCUGACGCUCUGAAAAACGUGGCGAGCAGAAUACAAGCACAGUUCGUCAUAUUCACUGCGGAAGCAAACAUGUUGCAACACGUUGAUGUUAUCAACGUUGUCGGUGAAAGCACUAUGAGUGCCACUGUCAAUGGACCGUUACACGGCGAUGAGAUGGUUUGUUUGCUGAAUACAAACCUCGCUUGUGGUAAAGACAGUGAAACUAACCAGCAGCAGCAGCAGCAGCAGCAGCUGCAGCAGCAGCAGCAGAAACUCAUUCACAAUCUCAUCGAGCGCAUUGAAGAACUGGAGAGGAAAUUGAAAUAG